AUGUUCAAGCAAGACUGGAGGAACUAUGGUGUAACUGUGAUGUGUGACUCAUGGACAGGGCCUACUGAGUUUAUCUAUAGAGAGAUCAGAAAGGUCGUUGUGGAAGAGAUAGGUUCUGAGAAUGUUGUUCAAAUCGUAACUGAUAAUGGGUCAAAUUACAAGAAAGCAUGUAAAACUCUGGCAGAACAACCAGAGUUUAGUCAUAUUGUUUGGCAGCCAUGUGCUGCCCACACUGUUAACCUCAUGCUUAAGGAUGUUGCUAAGUUUUGUGAGAUUGACGUGAUAGUUAAAAGUGCUAAGCAAAUCUGUAGAUUUUUCUACAAUCACAAUAACCUACAUGAUAGCAUGAAAAAGAACAUUGGUGGUGAACUCAUAAAACCGAAUGCGACCCGGUUUGGAACGGUGUUCAUGUUCUUGGAGAGUUUCCAUUGUAAGAAAGAUGAGUUUAGGAAAUGGAUGGUGUCCGAUGAUUGGAAGGGAAGUACUUGGAACGGUGUUGCUGAUUAUGUGUUCGCUGAAGAGCUGCUAUCUAGUAAUAUGUGGUGGGCAACUUUAGACUGGGUUCUUGCUGUGCUAGAGCCACUCUACAAAGCCCUUAGAUAUGCUGAUACACAAAAGAGAUGCACCCUAUCUAGAUUCAAGAAGAGUAUGAUGACAGCAAUACAAAAGUUGGAAAGUCAUCUUGGUGGUGGAUCACAAAUGUUUCAUAGAGUCAUGAGCAAGGUGUCCAAGAGGAUCGAUGCUAUGCAAGAAGGCACACUAUUGGUUGCAGGUAGUUACAAAACUAACUAAAUUUGUAUUAUGACGCUCUCUUUUUAUGGUUUUAACUUAUUUUGUUCUCCCUUUUCCUAUGCAGCUGUUGUCCUUGAUCCUUACACACAUUAUCAGAUCAACAUGUGCAAGAUGAUGGACUAUGCUCUUGCACUAACAGAUGUCAUUGAGAAGAUCGCAGACCCCGAGACCGCUGUUUUGGCUAUUGAUGAAGUCAGCACUUAUAGGGAAUGUCAUGGGAGGUUUGGCUCAAGGUUGGCACGUUCCUAUGUAGAGAAAAUGUCACCAAGUAAGUUCCAAUUACCCCACUUGUAAUACUCUAUUACCCCAGUUUUUCAACUCAGAUCAUCUCACUAUGUUAAUUUUGUUUUAACUUGGCAGCUGAGUGGUGGUUCCAAUUUGGAGGGGAAGUUCCUAAUCUGCAGAAGUGUGCCUUGAGGAUUGUAUCACAAUGCGUUUUGUCAAGUGGCUGUGAGAGGAAUUGGAGCGCUUUUGCUUUGGUCCACACGAAGCAAAGAAACUGUCUUCUAUAUGGCAAGCUGCACAAGCUUGUAUCUGUGCGCUACAACUUGAAGGUAUGAAAUGUGUUUUGCCCAUAUGCCAUUAUUCACCCAUAUGCCAU